AUGACCAACAUAACAGACCUGGUCCAGCCUGAAUUUGCAUUUGAGGGAGUUGAGUCUAAACUUUACCUCUCUGGCUCUGUUGAGUACUUUUCUCAGCUGAGGGCCGCAAAUGAUGCCUAUGCCCAGGAUGGAACUGUGAUGAUGAUCAUCUCAAACGGUGUGAAGAGUGAAAUACUGGACAGACUUGUUGAUAUCAUAUCCAAAAUCACAGCCUAUCCCAACAAAGACCACUAUGAAAGUGUGGCCAAAGCUCUUGUUUCAAUGCACCUGUGUCUCAGAGAGCCAGGGUCAGGAAAAAGAGUAGAGGAAAAGUGCAAGCCAGUCAAGAAGUCAAAAAAAGGAGAGAUCCACUAUGUGCCAGAGCCGCCUGAGGGACAGACUACUGUUAAAUCAGAGAAGGAUCGUGAGACCAUGGUUCUGGAACUAUGUGCAGAGUUCAGCAGAAUUGUCACCAAAGACCUGCUGGAGUCAUUCCUAGAAGGACUAGAUCUCAUGGUUCCAAGUCUGUUCGAAGCUGAUGAAGAUGUGGAGGUGGAGAGUUUCCUGACUCAAAUCAGACAUCUGAACGCACCAUGGUCUGUCUCAGGAAACUCUGCAGACGCUCUGCUCGAGGCCAGACUCAGGCAGCUUCUGUCUACAGGUCUGGACCGCAGGAGACAGCUGGGAGACAUUGAGUUCUCCAACAGAUACGCAGAGUUCCUGCGAUCUAAAGCCAAACACAGCUCGGUCUGCGCCUUCCUGCGCCGCAUGCAGGUCUGUUCUGCUCCUUCUUCACUUGUGAACUUUCCAGAAAACAACAAUGUGGGUGAUGUCGUGGCGACGAUCACUGUCCAGUCAGGGGUGACUCUUGAGUUUAGUCCUCCCCCUGAAAACCCAGAAAACCCAUUCAGGCUUGAAGGAAACCAGCUGGUAGCUGAAAGGAUGUUGGACUUUGAGACUACACAACUUUAUGAGGUUGCAAUCACGUGUACCGAAACAGCAACAGCACUGAAGUUGGAGAUCGUCAUUGUUGUGCUUUUGACCAAUGAAAAUGACAACCCUCCAUUCUUUGAUUCAGCUUCCUACCAAGCAAAUGUCGAUGAGUUGUCUCCUGUCGGCGAAAUUGUGGGCAACUACCCUGCGAAAGACUUAGACGCACAUCCUCAACUCUCCUAUACACUAACAUCUGCAUCUAAUGAUUUUGUACUAAGGUCCUCUACAAACCCAGAGAUCCUUGUUAAUGCACGUCUCGACUAUGACAAAGUCAAAAAUGUUGAACUGAUAUUGACCGCUAAGGUGAUAGCAGGGGAUGAAGUGCACACUGCAACAACAACUAUCAUUGUCACCAUUGUAGAUGUGGACAACAGACCGCCGUGGUUUCAGCCUUGCACCGAGGUUGAAGUUGAUGGGAAUGUGAUCUGCCACAGUGCUGGCUACACUGGCAGUGUUACCUUAAACGAACAAGAGACUGGAGUGUUACCAUUGAAACCAGGACCUCUACAUGCCAUUGACGGAGACACUGGAAUAAAUGAGAAAAUAACAUAUUCUUUCCUAAGUGGAAAUGAAGAUAAUCUGUUUGAGAUCAACCAGAACACGGGGGGCAUAACCAUGCUGAAGCCCACUGAUGUGUUGGGGACAAUCAGUCUGUCAGUGCUGGCUGCUCAGGCAAUUAACAGUCAUCAGUUUGCCACCACCACCGUCACAAUCAGUGUCCAGGUGAAGAGCCUCCACCCCCCAAAGUUUCAGAAGCCUCGGUACGAAGGUGUCGCUACUUCUAUAGGCACCAUGGUGAUGGACGUGAUGAACAAGGACCAGCCACUACAAAUCCUCGUCACAGAUGAGGACUAUGCUGCCACUGGGGGUGUAAAUCCUCACAUCACUUACGUCAUUAUCGGCAGCCAUGAUUUCAUAUUUUUUAAUGGCUACUUAUUCAUGACUACGGAUCUCCCAGAAAGCACAUUAACCCUGCAAGUGUCGGCAAUAGACACAACUAAUGAUGAAUCAGACACAAGCCAGCUUUUAGUGGAGGUGAAAUCAGGUCUCACAACCAGUUUGCCAACGAGCACUACAGACUUUAUGACCAUGACACCCAAUGGGGAAUCAACCACUGGCAGAUCGACCACCAACAAUAUUGAGUCCAACACAACACCUCUAACGGACUCCACUACUGACAGUAAGACCACCAACAGUAAUGGGCCCACCACUGACCCAGUGACCGUUCCAUCUGGUGGAAAUGAUGUGGUGGGCAUGGCGGUGCUUGGUGCGGUCUUGGGUGUUCUGCUGUUUGUUUGUCUGGUGGUCAUCGGGAUGCUUGUCUGUCGCUUGCAGAAAGGAAAAGCAGACUGGAAGAAGAUCUACGAGGCCAGCAUGUUUCGGAGUUCUCUGGGUCAAGGCUCAGGUGGUCAUAAGGAGGGCAUCCAGUACACCAAUGAGGCCUUCCAGAAUGAUGAGGAUGGAAGCAGCCUGGGCUCAGGCAGUCCAGAUGGGGGAAGUGUAAAGUAUGCUAAAGAGCUACCACAAACAACAUGGAGCAUCCCGCGCGAAGAGGCCAUUGUCAGGUCUACUGCACCACUGCACGACCUGCUGCCUGAUGACUCCAGCGACACGGCAUCCGAGGGGGCCGACAGCGAGAAGGAUGUGAAACCCAUCCUGACCAAGGAGAGGCGCGUGGAGGAGGGCUAUAAAUCAGUCUGGUUUAAGGAGGACAUUGACCCCAAUGCCAAAGAGGAGGUAGUCAUCAUCCCAGACAGCAGAGAGGAUGACAGCGAGGAGGAAGAUGAGGAACCAUCACGCAGCAACAGAGAAGAUGACGAAGACGACAACCAGCCGACAAAAAAGAUUGCCUUUGCCGAUUCAGAUCUGGACAGUGAAAUCAGGGUGAAGAAUGAGGAUCGACAAGGGGACUCAGACAGUGACGACUCUAUGAACCUUGCUCUGUAA